UCGAUUUUGCUCUGAAUAGCAAGUGAUUGUGUGAGAACUAUUCAGACCCAAUAUAUCGUACGGCACUUCCAAUAAGAAAAAAAGCUACUGUUGAAUCCAAAAUGGAUUCCUGCGGCUGGACGCGAAUGGGGAACGAGGAUGGCGAGGGGAUGGCCGGUGCGGACGUGGCCGCCUCUUGGCAGCAGUGUUACUCUUGGUGCACGCCGUACUCGCAUCCUCAUCCUCACCAUCACCCGCAUCAUCCUCGUCAGUAUCAAGGUAGCCAGUAUCAGCAGCUACCAGGAAGCGCCUCCGCCGCGACAAAUGCUUCCACCCAUUAUCCAUCUUCCCAGCAGCAUCCUCUGCAGCUGCAAAGUACCCAGCCGCCGCCUCUGGACCAGCAGCAGCAUUUUCAUCCUAUUAGAGGACAGGGCGGGCUUCGGAGAGUUCCUUAUGACGGAUCAGACUUCGAAUAUACCCAAGAGGUUCGCGUUUCUUGCAACUUUUAUGAUAGAUCUUUUAUUGAUAAUAGCAAAAAUGACAAAGGUGGUAAGAAAGAUGCAAGAUAG